UCAUCCGGCUUCGAGGCAAAAAACACACACACUUCACACACUAAGCCCCCGAUCUACUCUUCCUCUUUCUCAAUAUGGUGUCUGAUGCGAGUAAGAAGAAGGUAGCUCAGAAAAAGGCAGCUGCAGCUGCAAAAAGGGGUGGAAAAGCGGCUGCUGCAACUAAGAUUGCCAGUAGUAGUAGUAGUACGGAUAAUCUGAGCAAUGGAAUGGAUGCUCUUCAGAUUUCGGACCGGACUUGUACUGGUGUGCUUUGUUCACAUCCGUUGUCUCGAGAUAUUCGUAUAGAGUCCCUGUCCCUAACCUUUCAUGGGCAUGAUCUUAUUGUUGAUUCCGAGCUGGAACUUAAUUAUGGCAGACGUUACGGUUUGCUCGGGUUGAAUGGCUGUGGCAAAUCAACUCUUCUUACAUCCAUAGGGCGUCGAGAACCAAUUCCUGAACACAUGGAUAUAUUUCAUCUCACAAGGGAGAUUGAAGCUUCUGAUAUGUCUUCACUUCAGGCUGUGUUAAAUUGUGACGAGGAGAAGUUAAAAUUAGAGAAAGAAGCUGAAGCCCUGGCUGCCCAGGAUGAUGGUGGAGGAGAAGCUCUUGAGCGCAUAUACGAGCGCUUGGAUGCAAUGGAUGCCGCAACUGCUGAAAAACGUGCUGCUGAAAUUUUGUUUGGUCUUGGUUUUACCAAAGAGAUGCAAGCAAAGAAAACCCGGGACUUCUCCGGUGGAUGGCGUAUGAGGAUUGCUUUAGCACGUGCCCUGUUCAUGAACCCAACUCUUUUGUUGCUUGAUGAACCCACUAAUCAUCUUGAUUUAGAAGCUUGUGUCUGGCUGGAGGAGAUGCUCAAGAAAUUUGAUCGAAUUUUGGUUGUGGUUUCUCACUCCCAGGACUUCCUGAAUGGUGUCUGUACAAACAUCAUACACAUGCAGAACAAACAGUUGAAAAUGUAUACUGGAAACUUUGACCAAUAUGUUCAAACCCGUUCAGAUCAUGAGGAGAACCAGAUGAAGCAGUACAAGUGGGAGCAAGAUCAGAUUGCUAAUAUGAAGGAGUAUAUUGCUAGAUUUGGACAUGGGUCAGCCAAAUUAGCUCGCCAGGCACAGAGCAAGGAGAAAACUUUGGCAAAGAUGGAACGUGGUGGGCUCACACAAAAAGUGUCUAGGGAUCAGGUUCUGGUGUUUAGAUUUGUUGAUGUAGGAAAACUCCCGCCACGUUUACAGUUUGUUGAAGUUUCAUUUGGCUACACCCCAGAUAACCUCAUCUACAAGAACAUUGACUUUGGGGUGGACCUUGACUCAAGGAUAGCUUUGGUUGGGCCCAAUGGUGCUGGGAAGAGUACACUCCUAAAGCUGAUGACAGGUGAUUUGGUUCCGAAUGAGGGCAUGGUACGUCGACACAAUCACUUGCGCAUAGCACAAUAUCACCAGCACUUGACUGAGAAACUUGACUUGGAGCUGUCGGCUCUUGUUUUUAUGAUAAGAGAGUUCCCAGGUAAUGAGGAAGAGAAGAUGAGGUCAGCAAUCGGGAGGUUUGGACUAACAGGUAAAGCUCAGGUGAUGCCAAUGAAAAACUUGUCAGAUGGACAAAAGAGUCGUGUGAUUUUUGCAUGGUUGGCAUGGAGACAGCCCCAGAUGUUGCUGCUGGAUGAGCCAACUAAUCAUUUGGAUAUCGAGACUAUAGACUCGCUUGCUGAGGCUUUGAACGAGUGGGACGGUGGCUUGGUUCUUGUUAGCCAUGAUUUCAGGCUCAUAAACCAGGUGGCUCGUGAAAUUUGGGUGUGUGAAGAUCAAGCUGUGACCCCAUGGGCGGGUGAUAUCAUGGGAUUUAAGGCGCACUUGAAGAAGAAAGCUGGCCUAUAAGAUUGAAGGGGUUAAUGAUGCUUGAUAUAUAUAUAAUUAUAUAUUUUUUCAUCAAGGUAACAAUGCUACUUUGGCUUACAAGUUGCAACCAUCAAAAUGCAGUUUUGGAGUUAAUACGGAUUGUGUUUUUUCUCUCACGACAAUGAUGAAAUUCUAGGAACAGCAAAAAACUGUUCAAGACAAUAUAUUAUGGAGAAACAGUCGUGCUGUUCCGUUGUUUAUUUACCUGAUUAAUAUUUUUUAGCUUAGUUCACAUAUUAUCAGCAGCAUUCUUGCAUGUAGUCUUUGGUUUGGGCCAAGAAAUAUACUUGAGGGGGGUGUGAUGCCAAUGUGAAACCUAUGUAUCUGGUCAUUUAUAUUUGAGUUAUACACUCGAAGCAGUCAUAGUCGUUAUUUUUUUUGAGAGGGAAUGAAUCUCAACAAAAAUGUUCUGAUGAA